AUGAAUAAAGAAUAGGAUAACUAAGAACUUUUAAUAGGAAAGGAUUGGGAAGGAAAACAAAUUCUUAUCCAUGAUAUGGAUCAUCAUAAAGCUGAACAUAUCGACAUUUAAGCUGUAUUAAAUGAUACACUUGAUAAAUUGGAUAAUAUUGAAAAGAUAGAAAUAUUUAUGACUUUCCUUAACUUUACAACAAAAGCUUUAUCUCUAUAUCUUGUCUUAAAUUAUUAUGAUACAGUCUUCAAAUUUGAUUCUCUAUUGCUAUUCAGUUAUUUAUUAUAUGCACUACUUGAAUUGGUUGCUUUUGGAGCAUCAUUUGCAGUUGUUUUGAGUGCUCGUAUUAUAUCAGCAGUAUUGGGUGUGAAUGUAUUUUAUUUAGGUAAUAAAUACUAUAUGCUUAGACAGUUUCAUCUAUAUACCUAUAUUGUAUUCUGUAUUUAAAUUUUGCUUUGUAGUGACAUUUCUUGUUUAAUCAAUAACAGUGGUGAUCUUUUCUAAGUUUUCAGAUUGGAUAUUCCCCUUAGUUCUAGUAUGAUUAGCAAUUCUAAUAAAAAUAGAUAGCAUCACUUUUUGUAACUCUCAUAUUACAAGUAAGUAGAUUAAUCCUGAUGGUUGGUGAGAAGGUUAGUUCCUUAUCAAAGUACAUUGAUACAAACAGGAUAUUUAAAAUAUUGGCUCCUGAAAAUUGGUAGAAAGUAUGUUAUUUUAUCUUUAUAUUAAUUAAGAGUUACCAAUUCACAAGAAAUUUGUUAUAUUAAGUUUUGAAUAUUUUCGAAGAACUCAAUCCAGAAUACAAAGAAUAUAUUCAGAGAGGAUAUAAGUAUUAAAAGUAAAUGAUUGAGUUAAAAGAAGAUAUACAAUGGGCUAAGGAUUUAAAUAAAACAUCCAUUAUAGAAAAUGAUGAUGUAUAAGACAAUCCUUCUUUAAAUUAAUAAUCUCUUGUUAUAUGA